AGUCUUCUGAUAAGGCCAAGGGGGAUGGUGGGGAGCAUCAUUCUGGAGCAGCCAUGCUGUUACCCAAGUAUCUGGGCCAAUGGUUCAAACUCCGCAGAUCCUGAGCCUCAGCCUCCACAGGUGUCUGACUUCAUCCACCUCCAGAGGCAGAUCUUUCUCUGGUGGGUCGUUAGUGAAGACUGCGGCCAUUCUGCUGACAGUGGCUCACCUGAGCAUCACGACCGCAUGUGAUCCCCCUCAGGCCUGGGCUCUGUGACCUCAUGGGCUACUUCCUCCACCUCCUGCAGCUGCUCUCCACCUGCGUGGCCUUCUCCCUGGUGGUCAUUGUCGGCGCUUGGAAUGAGGACUUAAAUAACUCGUCCGUGCUCAUCUGGUACUUCUGCUUCACAGUGACCCUCAUCAUCCUCAUAGUCGAGUUAUUGGAGUUGGACUCUGAUUUCUCCUCCUGGGACAGCUUUCUCAUCAUCUAUGCCAGCUACUUCACUCUCUUCUGCCUCUCAGCUUCCAUCACCUACCCCAUUGCCGAGGUCCAGCCCCAACAGCCAGGGAGUGCCGAAGGAGAGGAUGAGCUACAAACGGCGUGGAAAGAAUUGGAGCCAACUCCUCAGCUGCAUGCUGCAGAUGACCCAAUUUAUUAAAUGAAAAGCAUCAGUUUUUAUACCAUAUCACAAUCAGGUUUCGUGUAAGAUUUGACAUUAACAUUUGAUUUAAAGCCCUUUCUGUUCCCUCCACCUGAGAU